AGCGCGUCACUCAUUCAAGUGUUGCUCACACUUUGUAGACUUCAUGCUGAUGCAGCAUCCAGACACGUUUGCCUGGUUAUUUUAUUUUGUUACAUCGCACUUUCAUUUUUGGUGGAGCUCAUGACUGAGGGCCAAAUGGUUCUGUCAGACUUCACAGCAGCCGAAAGGUUGGAGCUAGAGAAUAUCAAGAUGUACAAAAAAGGACUUCUGAAUGACAUUCAGAAACUGAAGGAAGAAAUCGACAGUGUAAUGGCCGAGAUACUCACAUUCGAGUCAUCUGAGACUGAAGAAAGAAACAUGGGAAAGAAAAAGUUCUCCAAUGGGAAGAAAAAGUUCAACAUGGACCCCAAGAAGGGUAUCAAUUAUCUGGUAGAGAACAAGCUUUUGAAGAAGAGUGCCGGAUGCAUCGCUGAGUUCCUCUACAAGGAAGAAGGCCUCAACAAGACGGCCAUCGGGGAGUUCCUGGGAGAAAGAGAUGAGCUCCACCUACAGACCUUGAAGGCCUUUGUGGAACUGCAUGAGUUCUCCGACCUCAACUUGGUUCAAGCCCUCAGACAGUUCUUAUGGAGUUUCCGCUUGCCCGGCGAGGCCCAGAAGAUCGACCGUAUGAUGGAGGCUUUCGCCGCGCGAUACUGCGACUGCAACGCUAACGUCUUCCAGUCCACGGACACGUGCUACAUCCUAUCGUUCGCCAUCAUUAUGCUGAACACCAGCCUGCACAAUCCCAAUGUGAAGGACAAGACCACGCUAGAUCGAUUCGUGUCCAUGAACAGAGGCAUCAACAACGGCCAUGACCUCCCCGCAGAGCUGCUUUCGAAACUGUACGAAAGUAUACGCAACGAGCCAUUCAAAAUUCCCGAAGACGACGGCAACGACCUCACGCAUACGUUCUUCAAUCCUGACAGAGAAGGAUGGCUCCUCAAGCUCGGUAAAAAAUUAUAUUUAACAUUACUGUCCCUGCAAAAGUAUUCAUUAUCAUCUCCAUUUGAAGGCGGGCGAGUGAAGACAUGGAAGAGGCGAUGGUUCAUCCUUACCGACAACUGUCUCUACUACUUUGAGUACACUACCGACAAGGAGCCCAGAGGCAUCAUCCCUCUGGAAAACUUGUGUGUAAGAGAUGUCCCUUUUCCUCGGAAACCUUACUGUCUGGAGCUGUACAACCCCAACAGUCGAGGUCAGAAGAUCAAAGCCUGUAAGACAGAGACAGACGGCCGCGUGGUGGAAGGCAAACACCAGUCGUAUGCCAUCUGCGCAGCCAGCCCCCACGAGAGAGACUCAUGGAUCAACGCUAUCAGGGCGAGCAUCACCAAAGACCCCUUCUACGACCUGGUUUCCCAGCGCAAGAAGAAGCUGAUCAAGCAGAACCAGAACCAACAGGACUGAACUGAGACUCUGAUAGAACAUAAACACUGGCGAACAAUUUUGGUCAGGAUGGAGGAACCUCCUCUUUGUGUUUAGGCCCAAUACACCACAACGAAAAGUGACUAUGUGCCAAGACUCGUGCCAGAACCCCAAGAUUUUUUUUUUUUUUUUUAAUUCAUGAGAGAAUUGGACUUUAUGAACUUUUAUCAUACCCUACACAGUUCCUUGGCUGGAUAUAUAAAUAUAUUCAGUGUUUUAUAAACAUUUUCUAUGCAGGCUGACUAUAGCAGGAGGCAUCUGGGGUACACCCUUAAUUGGUUGCCAAGAUAUCACAGGACACAAAGACACAAACAAGUUUUCAUGUUCACGUUCAGAAUGUAUGUAAAAAGAACGUAUAUACAUGAUUUUUCAUUGUACAGUUUAAUAUAAACACAAAUAUGAACUGCUCAUUUAUUAAUGUCCACUAGAUGGUGCUACUUUUCCCUAUUCAAAGCAUGCAGCAACAUGCCACAACUAUUGACUAUGCCUCUACAGAAAGAAUAGUGUGUACAGUAUUAGGUCUGAGUUCUCCAUAAAAAAUCGAUUUGGAUUAUUUUAUUAAUGAACAAAUAUGCAUUUGAUUGAGUUUUUUCAUUUUCUUUAACUUGGGACUUCUCAAGCGUUUUACUCAUAGAUUAUCAUCCAUUACAAACUGAAGUAGUUCGAGUUAUAUUUUGGGACUAAAUAAUAUUACACGCAUGUAAAAUGUAAGAUUUGUGACAUUUUGCUUUGUGUUUUUUAAAUGGGAACUCUGACGAGUGUCACUCUCUGAUGGACAACAACAGUUAAAAUUAACUUAUCUAAAUAUUUGAUCAAGCUUUUACACUACUUCAAUAGAUCAUGCUUUCGUUUAGUCGUGAGGCAUCCAGUGAAUGGGGAAGUUAGGUGACGAAUUAAGGUAGAUAUUUAAAGGACCUCUUUUAGGGUUGAACUAGUCAUCACUUCCUUUUAGUGCAAGCAGCUGGAGUGUUUUGCUGUACUUCUGCUUUUCCUUUUCCACACACAUCUCCUUUUCAAGAAAUAUAUUCUCUGAUAAUACAAAUAUACAAAGGUAGUUCCUUGGUUUUUAUCCACAAGUGACACAUGCACAUCAGGUCUUGUUUUCAUGAUCACUUCCUGUUCUUCAUCCGCUUACAACUUACACCUGCUUAUCACUUGCACUGUACGUUAGUGGCUACUAAAAUAAUGUUCAUUGUAAAAAUGUAUAUAAUAUAUGGAACAAUUUUUAUACGAAUAUAUUUCUGAAAGUGUCAAACAAAACUGAGCAUUAAAAAAUUCUACUCAA